UGGUACCCAGGAACAACAUCUAUGGUUGAUUGUCAAAAAUAUGUGAAGAAAAGUAAUUUAUUUCCUUCAUAAACCAAGACUUUAGAGUCGACUUAGCUUAGUUUUUUGUAAGAACCCAUCUCGUACAUCAACCAUGUCCACUGACCCGGCCACCUUUGUGGCUGGCGUCCCCGUCAAAAUUAGUGAGAGAUUCCGGCCCCCCAGACGUGUGACUAUCCCAACGUCCUGUCAACACCAGAUUAACCCAGACCUUCUUACUCAGGAGUAUGACUUUGCCGUGGAGAAGACAGCACUAAGUUGGCUACAAGAGAGAAGAACUCGAAGAGAAAGAGAAGACAGAGAACGAAAAGAGAGAAUCGCUGAGUAUGACAGAAAAAAAGCGGAGAGAAAAGCCAAAGAAGAAGAGGAAGAGAGGUUAAGAAAAGAGAAGGAGGAGGAAGAUAGACAAAGGAUAUUGAGAGAAGAGGAGGAGAAGAGAAAACAGGAGGAGGAAAAGAGACAGCUUGAAGAAGAAAGGAGGAAAGAGGAAGAACAGAAUCAAGAAGUGAAAGACAUCACCGAUGAUGGAUGCAGCGAUGAGGAAGAGAGCGUCAAGAACCAAACAACAGAGGCAGAGAGUGACGAACCCAGCGGAAAAACACCGUCGACCACCUCACAGGAGACCCUCAACACAGAUUCCCAACAGCUCCAUCCGGGCACUCAGGAAUCCACACCCGUUACUUCUAAUCUCUCAUCUGACAACACCUACCCCACCAGCACCAGUAGUACCACGCACACGACGAGCGCUACAUACACCACCGACCCCGGAACGCCGUACGACUGGAUGCUGAAGCCGACGCUUAUUCCCUCUCAGAAGAACAACGUCAAGUCUCCGCUGAAGACUCCCGCUCAUAUAAAUUUUGCAGAUUUUGAAGGGGAGGGUAAUGACCCCUUUGACAGUGCUGCGCUGAAGUCCAUAAACGAAAUGGAAGAGUUGGCCAAAGUUCUUGAUUCAUCCAAUUUAGGGCAACAAUCAGUUGAAGGAAAUAAUGUUGGGAAACAAAAUACAUCUGAUGAGGGAAGUACCCCUGUAAAUAAUUUUAGUAAUCGUCAGGUACCAUAUAAUGUAUUUAGUCAGUACCCAUACUACAUGCAGCAGCAGCAACAACAACAGCUUCAGCAACAACAGCAGCAGCAGAAUAUUUCCCAAUCACAACAGGGCUUUGGCCAGUAUGCAAGCCAUAUGAGUAAAACUUCUCAAGUCACUUCUUCACCAUCAACGGUGCCAUCUUACUCUACUGGUUCACAGUAUGGUGGUGACCCCAGCAGAGCUUUUCAGAACACUUAUUAUCCUCAGCAGUGGAAUAAUGGUUUUAACGUAAGUAGUCCCAGUAAAGCCGCACAGUACAUGCCUUACGAUUACCGUCUUCAGGCCAGUAACGUCCCGAGCAGUGUCGCAAACACCACGCAGUCGGGAGUGAUGAGCCCCGGCAGCAGCUCGGGCAGCACGUCCACCGUACCCAUAUCCACUAACAGCAGCUUCCCAACCAUGCCCUCGGUAGAGAGAGGAACCACUCCCAGUAAGAGACCGGACCUUGAAGACUUCUACUCUAGGUAUUACUCCCAAAAUAAAGCCACAACUCAACAGAACCAACACUCUGGCGGUCAGUCGGGGGAAUCCACGCCGAGUCACAGCAGUAGCUCGGGUGCUGCCGGGUCGACAAACGGGUCGUUACGGUCGAGUCGGAGUGUCCCUGACCUGACCGCCGCCGAAGACUCUGAAGUGACGCGAUUCAGUAGUGGGAUCCAGACCAACAACGAGGGCCGGGUGUUCUCUCACACUCCUCCGCCACGACCUUCCAGUACUGGAUUGACUGGCCUCGAGGAUUGGAAACCGUUACCCAACUUAUCAGAACCGCCUGAAACCUUAUCAAAUCAACACCUGUACCAGUCUGGGUCCACUCCUCACCCUCCUCUUCCACCGUCUUACACGCCAGUCAAGUCACGGCUUCCAGAUCCAUUCACGGAACUCACAACAGACGCUCAGGCCCUAGUGCAGAGUAUGGCUGAGAUGGGCUUCCCCCGCCCCAGGGUAGCGAGGGCUGUACAGAAAUUAGGCACCGAUCAUAAAAAGCUCAUCGAGGUUCUCCUAGUUCUGCAGUCACUUCAGGAGAACGGUGAGGACGGAUACAAGGCAGAACGUGCAUUUUACCAUUACUUAGGAGAUGUACAGAAAACUCGGGACCACCUCGCUGCUGCCAAACAGCUUCUGGAUCUGGGAUUUGAGGAGGAAAGGAUUGUCGACGCUCUCUUAAAACACAACAAUGACCGAGACAAAGCCCUGGAGGAGCUCAUAGCUUAGAGGUGGUUAGUUGGUCCACAUCAUCCUCUGUUAUCAAAAUAUGUUGGCUUAAGCUUGGAGGAGGAGAGGAAGAGACUACAGUGAUGUGAGUCUGGGGUCGACACCAUCGGACAGUACAGUACUAUAAGCUCCAUCACCACUGGCGUCUCUUCUCGGUGCUCUCGGUCCUCCACAAUAAAACGCUACGUAGGAAAGCUGUGUUUGGCCUCAGCCUCCUCUGUGUGGAAGAUGAUUUGCGCUGUUGCUGGAUGAGUCUUUAAUAACAAGGAUCUGAUCAUAGUGUUCAUAUUAUAAGAAGUUUUAUAUUAUAUUCUUGACUUCUUUUCUUCUUUUCCCCCUCUUCUCCUAUUACCUUCUCUCUCUCUCUCUUUACACACACAUACAAAUACAUACACCUAUACAUAUUUUCUUGUGUGCUUAUACAAGUACAUCAUUUCCUGUACAAGAAUACACACACACACACACACACACACACACAAAUGCAUGCAUGCACGCACACACACCUAGAUGUUUAUAUACAGACAGUAAUUGUCCUUUGGGAGUUGAAUAUCACUGUAGAAUUGAACACUUUGACUUAUUGUGGUGUCGUGGAGAUCACUUUUAUAUGUAUCUCACAGGAAUGAGGGUGGUAAACUCUGCUGCCUCAUUCACCGACAUACUACUUUCAUUCUUUCUCUCCCGCUGCCUUACCUGGUGUAUUCUGCUAUGGUGUUCCCCCUUCCAGAACACAGCCUUAGAUUUCACUUUCACAAUUUUGUUUUUGCUUUUUUUAUAGUCAAGAAUGAAGCACAGUUCACAGUAUGAUCACAAUAUUAACACACAAACUCGACGCGUUUCUUUGUGAGAGACAAUGAGUUUUAAACACUUUCUGAAAUAGUUAACAUUUGAUUCUGAUGUAAAAGUUGAAAUUUGAAGAAAAAAAGUCUUAUCUUCAAUUUUUUUGUUUUUCAUUUAUUUAUUUUUUCUAAGGUUAUAAGACUUGGAUCUCUUUGGUACUGUGUGUCCAGAACUUGAAUACAUAUAUGAAUGUCUUUAAGUCAAGGCAUUUAAAACUGAAGAAGUAUUAUUAGUGGUAAGACCUUAAGGAAGAAAAUUAAUUAUAAUCGACAAAAUUAAU